UCUUCUAAAUCUUUAUUAAUUCCUUGAUUAAAUAAAAAAAAUUCAGAUCUAUGACAAAGUCUUUCAAUUCAAUAUCAUUUCAUUAGGUUGAGAAUCCAUCCUUUGAACUUCACUUUGUACUUGUAUUUUGUAAUAAAAAAACUAAAACCAAUAAUCCGAGCAUUUGAUAAACAUAUUAGCAAGUACAACUAACCUACAAGCAUUUAGUAUUAGCCUUGUUGCACAGCACCAACUACUUUGUCUUUGGCAACAUCCAGGAAAUCACUUGAGCCUGGUUUUAUUGCCUUACUUCUCUUUUUGGUGUCUUCGUUUGUCGUUUUGGUCUAGGGAGGAGCCUGUUUUAUUGCACCAAUUUCUCUCUUUGGAUCAUUUGAUGUCAAUAAGUAAAUAAAUUAUUGUGGUCUGAAACUCCCGUUUCCUAAGCAAGGAUAGAUUCGGACAAGGAUAGAUUCAAACAUUUUGCCUGCUUGAUGGCUGUAUCAUUUCUAUUUUUCAUUUGUUUUAUUUUCCUUAGAGUCAACGAAUUUUGUCUUCUGGUGUCGGCUUCUAUAAAAUGAACAGUUAUUGAAUCUGUAAAAGAAAAAAAAUCGGAAAAAGCAAAUCUAGGUUUAUUUUCAAUGGCAUGCGAUGACGCAAGGCAAUCAUGUCAUUUGCAAUUUCUGCCUGGGAAACCCUUUCGACCAAUCAGAUCGGAAAAUCAAUUUUCCUGUCAAAUCACUUGCCAAAUUGCCCUGGUGGGUAGCCAGUUGCCCGUCAGUCGCCCUGUAAUAAAAGUGCUACACCCUCUAGUCUCUCCGUUUACACUCGCAUAAAAUUUGUAUAACCUCCCUGCCUUCGCCAAGUCUUUCCCUGUCUUCAAUCUUCCCAAAAUUUUUCAUGGCCUCACAAUUGAUCCUACUCGUUUUUCCUUUGGCUUUAUUUUGUCCACUUUCAACUUCAUCCUCUGAUGGUCUAUGGGCGGGCUCAUGUCUAGCGGUGGAGACUGCAGGUGAUGUGUUGACUUCACCUGAUGGCACUUUCAAUGCUGGUUUCCACCCUGUCGGCCAGAAUGCUUAUUCCUUUGCGAUAUGGUUCAACAAACCAUCCUGCGGUGCUAACAAUUGCACCAUAGUUUGGAUGGCAAAUCGGGACCAACCAGUUAAUGGUAGAGGCUCAAAGCUCUGUAUACUGAAAUCAGGUAACCUUGUUUUAAACGAUGCUGGUAGUAUCCCAGUUUGGGAAACGAAAACAGUCUCGCAGUCCCCUACCCAUUUAAAACUCGCUGAUGGCGGUAAUCUCAUCCUGCGUAACUUUGAAGGCCUUAUAUUGUGGCAAAGCUACAAUUCACCCACGGAUACUCUGCUUCCUCUUCAACCAUUCAAUGAGAACUCGAAGCUCAUCUCAUCAAGAAGCCAAGGAAACUACUCUUCGGGUUAUUUUCAGCUUUAUUUUGACACUGAUAAUGUCCUUUCCCUUAUGUACAAAGGUCCUGAGUUUUCAAGCGUUUACUGGCCAAGUCCAUGGCUUUUGAGUUGGGAAGCUGGAAGAUCCACGUUCAAUAAUAGCAAAAUUGCAAUUCUGGAUUCUUUGGGCAAUUUUAGUUCAACCGAUAAUUUUACUUUCUUGUCAGCUGAUUAUGGCUCAAAGAUUUCAAGAAUGUUGAAGAUAGAUUUUGAUGGCAAUAUUCGACUGUAUAGUCUAAAAGAGGAUGGAGAAACUUGGGUUGUUUCAUGGCAAGCCUUCCCUCAACCAUGCAUGGUUCAUGGAUGUUGUGGACCGAACAGCAUAUGCAUUUAUAUUCCUAACUUUGGCAGGAAAUGCUCUUGCAUUCCAGGAUAUAAGAUGAAGAAUCAUACUGAUUGGUCUCUUGGAUGUGAACCAGAAUUUCAUCUUUCUUGUAACCAAACUGAGGUUGGUUUCCUGAAACUCCGCCAUGUUGAAUUUUAUGGUUAUGAUUUCAACAUGUAUCCUAAUGUCACCCUAGAGGAUUGCAAGAAAAUGUGCUCACAGAUGUGUGAUUGCAAAGGUUUUCAAUACAGAUUUAUUAAAGCCCAUGAAUCAGAUGGUAUAUACUGUUAUCCCAAGACACAAUUGUUGAACGGACAUCGCCCACCAAAUUUUAAUGCUGAUUUAUACGUGAAAGUGCCCAAGGCUACUGUCUCCGUUUACAGUGACACUAGUCAAGAUUUCGAGUUACAAUGUUCCAACCAAGUGCAGCAGCUGGAGCGAAAAUAUUCCAAAAUCCGCGAAAAUGAGUCAUUGAAAUUUGCCCUUUGGGUGGCAUGUGCAGUUGGAGGACUUGCGUUUCUUACCAUUUUCUUGGUAUGGUGUUUCUUGAUUAGAACCAACGGCAAUUCAAGCCCAAAGGAAGGUUACCUUCUCGCUCCAACUGGCUUCAGAAAAUUCACCUAUGCUGAGCUGAAAAAGGCGACAAAUAAUUUCUCAGAAGAGAUUGGAAAAGGUGCAGUAGGAAUCGUGUACAAAGCCACACUGUCCGAUGGACGAGUUGCAGCAAUCAAGCGACUCAUUGAUGCUAACCAAGGGGAAGCUGAAUUCCUAGCAGAAGUAAACACCAUUGGAAAGCUUAAUCACAUGAACCUGAUAGAGAUGUGGGGCUAUUGUGCGGAGGGAAAGCAUAGGCUUCUGGUGUAUGAGUACAUGGAACAUGGAUCCUUGGCUGAAAACCUCUCUUUUAAAGCACUUGAUUGGAAAGAGAGAUUUGAAAUUGCUGUGGGAACCGCAAGAGGCUUAGCUUAUUUACAUGAAGAAUGUUUGGAAUGGGUUCUCCAUUGUGAUAUAAAGCCUCAGAACAUUCUCAUAGACUCUAAAUACCAGCCUAAGGUGUCAGAUUUUGGCCUGUCUUGGAUGCUAAAUAGGGGCGAUGUUAAGUAUUCAAAAUUCUCUAGGAUCCGAGGAACUAGAGGUUACAUGGCACCUGAGUGGGUCUUCAAUCUGCCUAUCACCUCCAAAGUAGAUGUCUAUAGCUAUGGAAUCGUUCUACUGGAGUUAGUGACAGGAAGAAGCCCUGCAAUGGGAAUCCAAGUGACAGAUAAUGAAAGUCCAAAAGAGGAAAGGCGAACGUUAGUUGCAUGGGUGAGAGAGCACAUGGCAAGAGCCAAAGAGACCGAAACAUGGAAGCAUGAGAUAACUGAUCCCAAGCUGGAAGGGAUAUAUGAUGGGGCUGAGAUGCUAAUUCUGGUUACGGUAGCUCUGCGAUGCGUUCAGGAAGAAAAAGACGCAAGACCGACGAUGGGUGAAGUAGUUGAGAUUCUCCUUCGUCAUGAAAGCCAUUGACCCACAGAGGAAUUAUUUCCUGCUAAACAAAUGAGUCGGCGACUAGUCACUAUCUCUCUAAUCAGGUCAAUAUUUAAGGUUUAUCUGUUUUAGUGUUUGUUAACUAGGAUCUUUCCUGUCAAGAAAAUAA